UCAUGAAGAGUGUUCAUGGAGAACUAAAGACCGAAGUUCAAAGAAGGAAAACUGCACGAGAUAUUGAAAGAAAAGUCCUGCAGGAAUACAUGGAAAAGGUAGCGAAAAGGACCAAUUAUAGGACCAACAUUCAAGCAGAUAUACACAGAAAAGUAGAAAUAAUGGACGCAGUGCACAGAGAGCUUGUGAGAGUGGAGGAAAGAAAGAAAGAUCGAGUCAUUAAGGAAUUCGUGAGAAACAUCAUUAUUGCUGCAAAUGAAAAAGUACGAAAGGAUAUUGUAAGGGAGUUUGUCAACAAUGUGAUUAAUAUGGCAAAGAAACAACUGCAAAACCAACUUCAGCAAAGUUCAAGGGAGACAGCCUCUGCAAUGAAGAUACACCACGGCCAAUUCCAGCAAAAAAUGCAAGAAAAAUCAAAAAGUUCCACCAAAGAGAGACAACUUGAAGCUACUGAGGAGAAUGAGGAGGAAACAUUUGUUCCCAGAAAACUCUUUCUUUUCAAAAUAGAAUCUUUCAAGGAGAACCCAAAGUGUAAUGAGCCAAAUCUAGCUAAGUAUACUCCUAACCCAUCUUCAAGCUUGCCAAAUUCGUCAUCGUUGGAUGACCAUACUCAUGGAACAUGUUCAGAAAAGAAGUCAUCUCCAACCAAGACAAGAAAAAGCAUCAGAACCCGUGUUCUAAAGUUUUUCGGACUUAGAUAAAUUCAGGUUAAGAAAAUGUGAAUCUAAGAGACUGCUAAUAACAGAAGAUUGUGUUCGAA